UGUGUUUCCCCGCAGACCCGGCGGCUGCGGACCGAGCAGCCCGCGCCCGGCGGUGUCCGCUCGUCUGUGCGGGGCCGCGCGGAGGAGGCGGCGGCGGCGGCCGGGGCCGGGGGGCGGCCGGAGGUGAGCGCCCGGCCGGCCCGCGGCGAACAUGGCGACCGGUGGCUACCGGGCGGGCGGCGGCGGCAGCAGCACCACGGACUUCCUGGAGGAGUGGAAGGCGAAGCGGGAGAAGCUGCGCGCCAAGCAGAACCCCCCGGGCCCCGCCGCCCCGGGCGGGGGCGGCAGCGACGCGGCGGGGAAGCCCCCGGCGGCGGCCAGCGCGGGCCCCGAGCUCAACAACAACCUCGCGGGCGGCGCGGCCGCACCUGCCGCCGCGGGGGGCGUGAACUGCGCGGCCGGCCCGGGCCCGCGGCGGCCGGAGGAGGAGCCCCCCGCCGCCGCCGCCGCCGCCGCCGCCGCGGGGGCCCCGCCGGCCCGGGGCGAAGAGGAGGAGCGGGACGGCGCCCCCGAGAAGGGCAAGAGCUCGGGCCCCAGUGCCCGCAAAGGCAAAGGGCAGAUCGAGAAGAGGAAGCUGCGGGAGAAGCGGCGCUCCACCGGCGUGGUCAACAUCCCCGCGGCCGAGUGCUUAGAUGAAUAUGAAGAUGAUGAAGCGGGGCAGAAAGAGCGAAAACGAGAAGAUGCAGUUACACAACAGAACACUAUGCAGAAUGAAGCUGUCAGCUUAUUAGAUCCAGGCAGUUCCUAUCUGCUACAGGAGCCAUCUAGAACAGUUUCAGGCAGAUAUAAAAGCACAACCACUGCCUCUGAAGAAGAUAUCUCAAGUAGAUAUCCCCGAACAGAUAGAAGUGGGUUCGGCAGACAUAAUAGGGAUGCAAAUGCUUCAGGUAAUUUGGUCUCAAGUAACACAUUGGAAAAGAAAAUUGAAGAUCUUGAAAAGGAAAUAUCAAGAGAAAGGCAAGAAAACUUAAGACUUGUGAGACUGAUGCAAGAUAAAGAGGAAAUGAUCGGAAAACUCAAAGAAGAAAUUGACUUGUUAAAUAGAGACCUAGAUGAUAUAGAAGAUGAAAAUGAACAACUAAAGCAGGAGAAUAAAACUCUGUUAAAAGUCGUUGGGCAACUGACAAGGUAGAAGAUUCAGGCUCAGUGUGGAAAAAAUAUUUUAAAACUACUGAUUGAAUGUUACGGUUAAUAUGAGGACAAUAUUCCUGUGCUGCAGUACAUUAAGUAUGUAUAUUUAUUUCUGGAAAACAAUGGAUGUUUAUUUUGAAAACAUUUCUUUUUCAUUGUUAGUUUCAAAAAUGUCUACUUUUUAUUUCACGAAUAAGUAACAUCUUUCGGUCAUUAAAAUUACAGGUUAUGCCUCUUUGGUUUUGUAUGGUAUUCAGAUAAUAUAUAGUUUAAAGUCACAACCAUUUGAAUAUAUUUUAUCUAUGGUAGUGCAUUUUCUCCCUAAAAGAAUACACAUAGCCUUUGUUUACAUGAAUUCAAAUUCUUCUGGGGAGUUACCUGCAAAUACCUUAUUACUGGGGUGUGCAACCUUUUGUGUGUAGGUGAUUUACUCAUAAAGGUCUUUGUCUGCUGUCUUUGUUCUUUCAACUUAAUCUAAGCAAUUUAUAGUAUAUAGAGUUGCACUAUUUUGUAUAACAGUCAUCUUUAAAAAGGAAAGCUAUAUUAAAAAGUCACUAUCACAUACUAAUUAGUAGGUUAAAUACAAAAUUUAAGAGAAUACUUGAAUUGUGCUAUAGUAAAUUAAAAUGUACUAUUUUAUAUUUGAAUAUAGAAAAAAAUUUAAAUCACGUAAACUUCUGAAGGACAUAACAUUUGUAAUUUCAAUAUAAAAUUUCUUAUGUAGGUACUACCUUUUAGUUUAUAAGUGAACAUGGGGUAUUUAAAAAGUUGUUUAUUCAUCAAGCCUUGAUAGAGUGUACGAUUUUAGUGUAUAAGAAAAAAUUUCAUAUCUUUAAUUAUCAUAUACAUGAAAAUAAAAACCAAGAUAUUUAUCCACACUAAAAACAUUUAUAGUACAUUACAAAAGAGUACAUAAACAAAACUAGCAUGGAAAUACUUUUGCUUUAUUUCUAACUUGGAGAAUAACAUUGACACAGUUGUUACUAUAUGAGAGAAUUAUUGCCUUACUUCAAAUUUAAAGGAUUUUCUUUUAUUAGAUUUUUUAAAAAAUAAUUAUUUUAAAGAAUUAUACAAUUUUUCUAUUAAUUAUCAUUAGUAUUUAGAGUUGUUUUAUAUUACAUUUUCAUGUUGAGUAAGGAAAUCCUCUCCUUUAAAAUAACAUUAAUAUUAAGAAGUGAUAGUAGAGUCUCAAACAUGAGUAUAUGGAUGCCCAUUUAUCUAAUUAAUACACAUAAGUGGCUUGAACAUAAUUAAAUGUGUUUUAGAUACCCCACUGAUUCAUUUUCCUUCACUUGCUUAGCCCCUUCAUUAUUCACUAUUAGAAAAAUAGGAAGGGUGACACAUUUGGGAAAAUUAUAGAGUAAAUGAUAAAAAUCAGAUGUGGAAUUCUAAAACUCUUUGCAGUGGCCUAGAUUGCCCCCUUAGCCCUUACCCCUUCCCACUUCAGAAGUUUCUACCGUGGCUGAUCAUCAGAAUCACUUGGGUUGCUUAAAAAAGAAUUAUCUGGCUACAGUUUCUAGAUAGGUUUAAAUUGAGACCCUUUUAAAGGUCUGAUGAUAACCAUCUGAUGAUUCUGAUUAUAACAUAAGUUUGGAAACAGCUGUUGUUGCCUCUUUCCUUCUGUACCUUCCACUGGAGACUCUGGAGUUAAUAUAAUUUUAGCUAUCAGCAUUGCUUCCCCUUUUAGUUUAUUUAAUAAACUGGGAAAGUUUUAAUAUGUCCAAAUAUAUUAACCAACAAUUUCAAUGUUAAAUUACCAAACUUGAUACAGUGCAGAAUUACUGCCCUAAAGAGCAUCCUUUUCAGAGAAUACUGCCCAGUGUAGGACAGUGAUCCACUAUCCACAUGUCAGGUGGUCUGCCAGGCUCAGUUACUGCCUUUGGCUUGAGGUACUCAUCUCCCUUUACUUAUCCUUAUGUAUGUGGCAGAUAUAUCGGUAUUAUCUAAUUUCCCAUCCACAUUUUGGACAUUGUGAAAAUGCUGUCAGUAAAUGCAGUCUUAAAACAUGUUCAGUGUACUGGUUUUUCAGUAAAAGAAGUAUUUGUAAUUUAUUUAACCCAUAUGUAAGUAAAGAAAUAUUCCAUUUCCAUUUAUAAAAUUAUACCAGUUAUUAAUACUUGUAAAGACUGAGCAGUUUUAAUUUUUUUUCCUUUUCUCAGCUUAUUGGGAACAUUUCUGACAAUGAUCUUUUACAUAAUGGUACCUAGUGCAAAUGCAUCACCUAAGAUCUUAGGCAAGCCUUUCACAUGCAAUUCUUCAUAUAUAUAUAUUUAUUUCACAUACAGAUUUUUACACUGAAUAUUAAAAAAUAAGUAGGAUCUGCUACAAUAUCCCUUUAAAACUUAUAAAAAUAUUGAAAUUUUGAAAAAGUAGCUUAAAUACAUGUGUUCCACCUUAGAAAACUUGACUAUUGUCAAUAAAGUGCUAGUAUUUGUGAAAGUAUUAGUCUCAUUCAGAAGAAAUAGUUCUUAUAUUUCCGGGGAAUUUGUGGCAUAAUAAAGCAUAUCCAAAGUUAUAAUGUGUUUAUGAUACUAUUUUCCAAACAGUAUGAUUAUUAACGUUAAAAUGAAUACAACUGGCCUCCCUGAUUUUUGACAUGUAUUAACUUGGGAAUUGAGGAAAUAAUCUGUUUCAUUAUUAAUAUUAUUGCACUAUGGUUACCUGUAGAGGAAAAGGAAGAUGUUAGGGUGUCUAUUUCUAAGGAAAUUUACUAAACAUACUAGAUUAGCACUGUCACACUUGAUCAUGUGCUUUAAAACAUAGAAUCUUAAGUAUCAGGGGCAGAUCCAUGAAGCAAUGUAUUCUUUUUUUUAAAUAAUUUUUUAAUUGUGGUAGAAGCAAUGUAUUUUUAAAGUCAAAAACCUACCUCGAUUACAUGUAUUUUAUGUUUUCUGGAUUAAUCUGGAUUUUUGUAAUUAGAAAUUAAGAUGCAAGAUUUUGCAUCCACUAAUACUUUAUUGAAUAUAAUAGAAAAAAAAAAUGUAUUAGACAUAUCAAUAUGUUCAACACCAUAAGGCGAAAUAGAAAAGGCCUUGUAUUUGAUAAUUGAUCUGAUGUCCUAGAUAAUACUCACAUAUACAGUGAUUGUCAUCUGUCAUCUUUGUAUUUUUAUGAUCUUGGGUCUGUGCCUAAUAAGUUCCAUGCAGUGUUGUCACUUAUAUUCUAUUGUUAAUCCAUUACAGUAUUGAGGCAUAUAUUUCCAUCUUGUAAUAUAAAAACCAAAUACACCAGGUUUUCAUUUGGGUGAGUAUGUUAAACGAGAAAGAACUAGCAUUCACGAAUCUGAAGUUAAAAAUAACAUGUUAGAGUCAGGGCUAAACAUUCUAUUACUGUAUCUGAACCAUUCCUAAUAUGUAAUAGUAAGCUUCUUUUGUAUUGGAAUUAUGCUAGCUAAAUAAAGGAUAUCCCAUGGACUAGGAUUGUGAUUUAUAUUA